AUGCGACUCGCUCACACGGCAAGGGCAAGGGAGGCAAUAGUGGUGGAGGUGGCAGCGGGGGGGGUGGUGGUGGAGGCGGUGGAGGCGGUGGAGGUGGCGGCGGUGGCGGUGGGAGUGGUGGCGGGAGUGGGGGCGUCGGUGGCGGCGGUGGCGGCAGCGGUGGGAGUGGUGGUGGUGGUCGUGGCAGCAGUGGGAGUCGUGGCGGCAGUGGUGGCGGUGGAGGGAGUGGUGGCGGCGGCAGUGGUGGUGGUCGAGCUGGAGCCGUGA